CGUUGCCCCAGGGAGUUUUUGGAGGCAUUUUGGGAAUCCUGGGUAUGAUGAUUGCUGCCCUUUUCAUUAUUGGUGGUGCUGUUACCGUCUUCACCAUCUUCAGAAGAAGACAGAAGGCAAACCGAUCAGACACUGAAAAUGACCUGAUAGACCUCCCCUCUGCCCAGAAACCUGCUUCUCUGCCCCUCAACCAGAAUGAGGAAGUGAAAAGCCAGCUGACUGCAGAGAAUAUCCAGGUUGUGCACCUGGAUAACAUGAAGGAACAAGAGGAAGAGGUCCAGAAGACAUCGUCCCAGCCACCCUAUUAUGACAUGGCAGCUACCGAACCUACGCCUAACACUGAUAAGUUGACUGCGGGCAACAACAAGGAUUCCAACGUCCAAUACGCAGAGCUGGACACUUCCGUUCUGACAACAUCAUCACCUAGUCACAGAACCUCCGUUCCUGCUGGUGGAGAUCUGGUUGAGUAUGCAACCAUCCAGGCUAACGUAUGUUAGCGCACCACACUGUCAGCCUUCCUCCCUUCAGAUGCUGUCCUCAAGGUAGAACUUCAACAAGUGUCACUUAGAGAUACUAGACGCAGGUGAUGAUCUAACCCUUCAUUCCUCCCACCACGACCAGCGCCUGCCAAAAAAGUAUCUUCCGUCUUUUAGUCCCUUGUCUUACUUCCAAGAAGAUGUCUACUUGUCCCACGUCCUUCCGCCAUCCAACGCCAGGUUCUGGAUGCCCCAAAGAGCCCCAACGUGUGAACUGACACAACCAAGCAGAAGAAAAGAAGGGGGAACAACCUUUACUUCAACAUCCAUGCGUCCACCAAAACCUGGGUCCCUUCUCCAACCCUCCACAGCCAGUAGGACCUUGAUCCAGUGUGUCUGUGUGUUUGUGAGUAUGAGUGGACCUUGUGACUGCCACCCUCCUUUCUCUCUUUUUUGACCCCCUCCCCCUUUUUGUUGUCAUUGAACAGUAUUGGUGCGUUGGUUAUUUUUCAUCGUUAGAUUAAGGCUGCGAUCCUGAAAUUGGGCACGAAAUAUUCCCUUCCAAGGGGAAUAUUUGCAAGCACAGGAUUUUGGGCCACUCAGCAUGUCACUGCCUUGUUUGCUAGUCCCUUUUUGGUAAUCUUUUUUGUUUGUUUUUUACGAAGCCAUCCUUAAUUUUCAUCCCCUUUUUAAUUCCUGUUGAUGGCCCCCUCCCCCCCCCACGGUAAGCCCAACGGCUGUUGUGCAUCUUUGUAUCUGUGCCACCACACUUCCCUAGCGGAAAAUGCCAGAUCCCACCCCCUACCUCCCCGUGUUCAUUAUCUGCUUCCCAGUUACGCGAUUUGCACUAUGGUGAAAUUUCAAGUUAGCACAGCGUUUGCUCCCGCCGCUCAUGAGACUCUGAAUCUUGUCAUCCCUUCCGACUGCAGCGUUGACCGAUCGAUCCGUGAAGAUGGUUGUAUUUAUUUAUUUAUUUAUUUUUGAGCACAGGGGCCUGGACUGGAGGUUUCAACCACCCCACUCAUCUCUGGAAACCUGAGCCUUGUUCCGUUUUCCUUGUCGCUUGUUCCAUUUGGGGGAACAAGGCACUUUCUCUCUGCGGUGGGGCUGGAUACAAAGAUGUUUUCAAAGAAAACUCCGGUGAAUACCCACGCUCAAAAACACACUCGGUUUCCCUUGUCUAAGUCCUCUGGCGUCCCUGAUUAUGGUCGUUUCUGCUUACAAGUCAUUCAAGCCAGAGAUCAUGCAAUGGGAACGUGGGUUAGGAGGGGGGGAU